CCAGCUAAAUAAGUGCCGACCAUUAAUAUUACCUCUACAUUAUUAUACCAAGCAACGUACUUAAAACGUUUUCCACCUACCACGACCUUUCACCUCUAUCUUUCUCCUUCCACACACAGUACCAAACUCCAAUCAUCAUCUUCAUCUUUUCUCUCCCACUUUCAUAAAAGAUUCUGGACUUCCAUAAAAAGAUCAGAUUAACAUAUGAAUCCAAGAAAGGAACUCCCUUUUUGAUUUAUCAAAAAUUGAUCUCGUUGAUAUAUAUAUAUAUAUAUAUAUAUAUAUUGCGUCCAACCUUUCUGUCGGAGGUCAACCUCCAAAACCAAGAGCUCAUUUCAAGAAUUGAAGAGACAAAAAGAUAAAAGAAAAUAUGGAACCACCAUCAUCAUCAGGGGUAAAGGCUCGUAUUUUAGAUGUUCCACUUCACGGGGUUGGGUUUGAGUUUGUAGAAAUCACACCCCACAAAAUCACUGGUCGUCUACCUGUGACAGAAAAGUGUUGCCAACCAUUUAAGGUGUUGCACGGUGGAGUUUCAGCACUAAUAGCUGAGUCUCUGGCAAGUAUGGGAGCUCAUAUGGCAAACGGUUUUGGGCGAGUUGCUGGAGUUCAUCUCAGUAUCCACCAUCUCAAGAGUGCUCAUAUUGGCGACCUUGUUUUUGCUGAGGCUGCACCUGUCAACGUUGGCAAAACUAUUCAUGUUUGGGAAGUUUGUCUUUGGAAGAUUGAUCCAAACAAUGAAGAAAACAAGACUUUGAUAGCAUCAUCAAGAGUCACCCUUAAGGCCAACAUGUCUGUACCUGAAAAUGCCAAAGAUGCUGCUGUCAAUCUCAAGAAAUAUGCUAAGUUAUGAUCAGGUUUAAUUGAGUUUGUCUGCAGCAUAUAUAUUUGAUUGUAAGCAAAACUGUACAUAGCUGGGCUUGCAGCGAUUAAAAAACAAUAAAUCCCAACUCGUGAUACUGUGAUUCAAAUUGUAACUCUUUCCUUGUUGCAAUCUAAUUGCGAAGAAAGACAAGAGAUGGCUUGAACCGAUUUUGGAGUUUGAUGCUCCAUCAAUAAUUAAUAAAUUAUUUAUUCACUC